AUGAAUGUGACCGGGAAACAGCAACCUGAGCUGAUCGAGCGACCCGCCAGCCUUUUGGUUCCAACUUCGACAAAAUCUGGAAUUGCUUUGCUGUACAAUGAGGAGACCAACAAUACCUAUGAUGUCUGCCUGAAAUUGACCAAAGAGGUAUUAACCAUACAGAAGCUGGAUGUGGUUUGCACAAGUGGAAGUGAAUCCCAAGUAAAUCACAGAACUGUUGUACUGCGAAGACAAGCGACUGGCGGUCUGGGCUUAAGCAUCAAAGGAGGUGCAGAGCACAACGUGCCUGUGGUUAUUUCAAAGAUUUUCAAAGAUCAAGUAGCCGAUCAGUCGGGGAAGCUGUUCGUCGGGGAUGCUGUGCUGCAGGUCAAUGGCAUAAAUGUGGAGCACUCUACUCAUGAGGAAGUUGUUCACCUCUUGCGUACUGCAGGAGAUGAGGUCACCAUCACUGUUCGCUACCUGCGAGAAGUUCCAUCAUUUCUGAAACUGCCUCUAGGUUCUCCAGGGCCGUCCACGGAUCACAGCAGAGUAUCCUCUCCCCUCUUUGACAGUGGCUUACAUUUAAAUGGAAACGGAAACAACACAGCUCCAUCACCCCCUUCGCCCUCAGCUAAUGAACCAAAGUAUGAGAAGCGCUGGCUGGAUGCCGUCUCCCUGCCCUUGUUGAUGGCCAGAGUCUCCAGAUACAAAGCUGGCACAGAUAAAUUAAGGUCCAACUGUUUUGAAGUCUUUGCCUUGGAUGGAGCCAGCACCAAUAUUCUUCAAUUUUGCACUGCAGCAGAAAGCACAGACUGGCUCCAAGCAAUAUCGACAAAUAUCAAUGACUUGACACAGGAGAACAUCAAGAUCAUCAACAAAUACUGUGCUUCAGAUGAUCAGAUUGUUCACAUGGGCUGGGCAUGUGAAAGUCCCGAGGGCAGCACCGCUGGUCGAACUGCAACAUUCAAGUUCCUGGCACUGAGAGGACCAUAUUUUUAUAUCUUCAGAAGUCCCCCGAUCAGUGCCGCUGACUGGGGACAAGCCGAAACAACGUAUAACCUCUAUGAGGUUCUUUUCAAGGUUCAUAAGCUGUGGAUGGCAGAGGACUGCUGGCUCCAGGCGAGGCUUUACUUAGGGUUGGAGCAUUCACCUGAGCAGCAGGACAGUGAGUCUCUGUGCUUCAGCAUUCUGGUCGGCCAUGGCCAGAGCCACACCUUCAGGGUAGAGCUGGCCAGUGACCUGGCUAUCUGGGAGAAGUCCUUCCAAAGAGCUGUCUUCUUGGAAGUGCAGCGAAUACGAUCCAAAAGCUACAUGUGCAGCAGCCAGGGGAAUGUACUGUGCUUCACCAUAGAUUUUGGAUUGGGCUUCACCUGCUCAGAAGGCACUUCAAAGACCAUACUGUGGCGAUAUAAGUUCUCUCAACUUAAAGGCUCCUCUGACGACGGGAAAACCAGGGUAAAACUCCUUUUCAAGAAUGCUGAAAGCAAGCAGAUAGAAAUGAAGGAACUAGAGUUUGCUAAUCUGACAGCCGUCCUACACUGCAUACAUUCUUUUAUUGCUGCCAAAGUGGCCUCCAUGGACCCUCUCUUUAUGUGCAGUCACAGCUUCCCUGGAAAUUACAUGAACAGUUAAGAAGAAACGUCCUCAUCGUCAUGUGCACCUGAGGCAAAUCAGCAGUAUUUUAUGCACAGAGCCAAUUGAUAUGUAUAUCUUGUUCUUGCUAUUUUUGUAUGAACUAUUGAAAAAGAAAUAUUUGUAAAAGACAGUAGAUGUAGAUGAUGUAUGAAUUAAUGGUGAAAGGAAGAUAUUUAAUUUUUGACAGGUAGAGAAAAAAACAAUCUAAACGGAUUCUCAGUUCUUCCAUUUAUGUAAGUUUUCCCUUUCAUUACAUUAUGAACACAAUUAGCAGGAUACUUGUCUAAUCUGUCAUUUUGAAAGGUAGCACCCGUGCGACCAUAUGGUGUGUAACUACCAUACAUUUGACAAUGUGACACGGUUUGCCAAAUAUAGCAACUGCCUCCGUGUUUAGUAGAAAAUCGAUGGAGAAUUUUGAUCUGGUGAGGAAGCACAUUUUAACAGGCUACAUGAAUCUGAUCCUCGCUCACUGUCCUGGGAGGAAUUCACAUUUGCCACAGACUCUCUUUGCUUUAAAUUCACAGUGAUGAGCAGUGAUCAAAACGUAACCUCUCUGUGAUUCCAGUUCCUCCGGUUUCCUUAGUUUUCUUUUGUCAUGCCUGUGAAAAGGAAGUGGAAAAUAACACAAACACCACAAUAACCACUGAACUGAAUCAACAGCCCUCUGGUAUGAUC